AUGGGCAAAACGGCAGUUAGACCCACUUACUCUGGAGUAGGUACAGUAUGUAUCUGUCAAAAUGAACGCACAUGUCUUGUAGAUAUGUUCUCAUAUGUACCUAAGUACCUGUCCUCGAAUACGGCCGCAACCAAGCCCACAACCUACAUAGCAGACAAUGGUCCACAACUACUACCCAUCGCUUAUUACCGACCACCAAGCUAA